UGUCUGGCGUUUCUUUACAACCCUGGCCGCAGUUUGGCUUGUGCAAAUUUUUAUGAAAAAGAAAAAGAAGAAGGGCUUGGGAAUUUAAAUUAAACUUGUGCGUCUAUUUUGUACAAACAAAGCGGCCAAAUUCUCAAUUGAAGCCAUGGAUGCCACAGCUCCAGCCAUAGCAUCGCAUGCUCCAAGCGAGACAAAAUUACAAAUACUACAACAACCCCCGGCGACCGCGGCGGCCGCUGCGGCAAAUGAAAAUGGUGUACAAACAACAGCAGCAAAAAAAUCGGAAACACAAACAGCAAAUUUAGUUGGAAGUGGAACUGCUGGGCCUGUGACUGGAGCUUCUUCUGCAAUGCAUUCCAAUGUUGAGGCUGGAGGAGAAAAAGCGCAAGAGGCGCAGAAAAAUGCGAAACUAAAAACAGAGCUAGCGCCCACUGAAAAGGUAUUGAUUACCAUAUGCAGUGCGGACCGCAAGAAUAAAAAGACCUUCAUGUCCUUGCCCAGCCGCAAGGAUGUGAUUGAAAAAGCACACAAAUUUGGACUAUCGGGCAGCACAAUUGUGCUGGAGAGUAAUGGCUGUGAGAUCUGCGAGGAUGAAGUGCUACUCUUUGCAGCCAAAGAAAAAAUCUUGUUAAUGCUGCUCGCCGAAAGCGACGAAUAUGUCAUAUUACCUCCACCCUCGCCAUUGAAUCGAUCUGAACGCGCUGGCAGCUCCAUUGAUCCCAGCUUUGUUUCGAAUGCCAACGAUUCUACAGUGUCUAACGAUGAGACACUGUCGCUUGCCAGCGUUACACCCAGCAACUCAAAGACAUCGACAACGGCUCAAUUCAAAGAGUUUGCGAUACCUUGGACAAAGGUACCUAAUGACAUUAUGAAGCUGUUGCGCGGUAAGACCAGUUUGGGCAAGCGUCUCAAUACGCUGGCCAAUCUGCUGGUAGAUGCACUGAGAGAGCGUUCCGCUCACAUACCUAUACGCGUAUUUCGUGAGGUUGCCCAGCAGGCGGCGCAGAAGUACCCGGACUCGUUACUGGAAAAAGAUCGUGAGGGUCAACAGAUUGCUACUUCGCCACAAGCGCUCAUCUCAAAGAUGAUCAAUCGUAACAAUGCGCUCAAUCGUCCACAAAAGCGUGCGAGCUCUGGCAGCUCUGACAUACACAUCAGCAACAGCAGUAAGAAACGCAAAUCUACCAAUGCAGGAGGCGGAGGAAGUGGAUUGGCGUCCAAUGGCAAUGCCAAGUCAGCUGCACUCAAUCGUGACCUGGAGGAGAAAAAGGAAUUACUCAUUGCCAGCUAUCGUGGCAGUUCCAAAGUGGAGUUGGCCACCAUUGCCGAAUAUAUGAAGGAAUGUUUUCCAUUGCAGCGUGCAUUCUUCAACAAUAGCGAAAAGAUACCCGAUAUUACGGCUAUCAAGGCCAACUGGCCGUAUAUUUUUAACAAAGAGCAAUUGUAUCAGCAUUUUGAGUUGCUUAUGUCAAUUGAUCCUCGUUUGUUGGAGCAACGUUUUGCGAGUGAACGGGAGCGCAUCUUUAAGUUUUUUAAGACGUCCAAAAAUAAGAAAGUCAAUGCACUGGAGGAGAAUAAUGCGAAUCUGGUGCGUGGUUUGGCCUAUCAUUUCAAUGAGGAUCCCGAUUACAUAUUCAAGCACUUCGAAAAUGGACCCUUGCCCAAGGAUGUGCUGCAGCACAUCAAUCCAACCAAUGCACCCUGGGUGGCUCUAGUCAAUACACCAGCUGCUGCUGGAGGCACUUCAGAGGCAACCUCAGAGGCAAUGGUGUACAUUGAGGGGCAAAUAAUGAGUACAUUUGCUGCCACAGAUGCCGAUUUACCCGACAUCAUUGCGCAAUUGCUCUGCUACUAUUAUACCUUCAACAUGAUGUACCCCAAGGAAGCCAAUCAAACACUCGAAUUUAUUGUCGUCUAUUUUGUGCAGCAUGCGCCGGAACAGGCGCGUAACUCCAAAAAGAGCAUCACAUCCAACAGUAAAUUCAAUCAACUAAUUGCCAAACUGGCCAAUGCGAAUGGUUGAGACCAGACACCAGUCUAAUUCUCAUCUAACUGCAUCGUAUCGAAUCAAUCGUCGUCUCUAAUAACAAAAUACUGUUUUUAGUUUACAAUAUUUAUUAUUUUUGCAAAGAGAAAAACAAUUUCACUUAUACUCUCCCCCUAUGUCUAAGUUCUGAUUUACAUUAAAGUGUGUAGUACUUAUA